AAAAGCUUCCUGUCAACAGCCUCACCCAGUCAUACCGGAGGGCGUAGAAGAGGGGAUGGCAGAAAAUAGCUCCGAUACUUGUGGUUCCGUUUAUCGGAGGUGUUUGACUCAUUCUACCGGGGAAAAAACCCAGUCAACCAGUAACGGGGCAUCCAAAUGGGUUCGAUUGAACGUGGGGGGAACGUAUUUCUUAACAACACGACAGACGCUGUGCCGAGAUCCGAAAUCAUUUCUGUACCGACUGAGCCAGGCUGACCCCGACCUCGACUCUGAUAAGGAUGACACUGGUGCCUAUCUCAUAGACAGAGACCCCACAUACUUUGGGCCGGUACUGAACUACUUGAGGCAUGGCAAGCUGGUGCUCAACAGGGAGCUGGCAGAGGAAGGUGUCCUGGAGGAAGCCGAAUUCUACAAUAUCACAUCAUUAAUAAAGCUCCUCAAGGACAAGAUCAGGGAACGAGACUGCAAAACGUCACAGGCUCCAGUGAAACAUGUGUACCGGGUGCUGCAGUGCCAGGAGGAGGAGCUCACCCAGAUGGUGUCCACCAUGUCUGACGGCUGGAAGUUUGAGCAGCUUGUCAGUAUAGGUUACGGGCGGGCCCAGCAGUCAGAGUUUCUGCUGAUUGUGUCAAGGGAGGUGAAGGGGGAGGAGUCUACUUUCCCAAGCCACAGCGGAGAGCUGGUCAGCAUUGGAUCCUCUUAUAACUACGGAAACGAGGACCAAUCUGAGUUCCUGUGUGUCGUCUCCAAGGAGCUGCACAACCAAUCAUAUGGCCCAAACAGUGAGCCCAGUGAGAAAGCCAAGAUUCUUCAGGAGAGGGGAUCCAGGAUGUGAAUGAUCAGUAUUACAAGCACCAGGUAUAGAGUACAAUAGUUUGAGUCAUAAUACCCAUAAAACCUAGCAGUCAAACAGGGAAAUGGUUACAAUUGUUUUUCCACCGUUCAUUUUUCCCAUAGGGGAAAUUUUAGGAACACUUAAAAUAAGGGCUGUGUUUUGUGUAGGCUUACCCUGGGGGUGAUGUUUUGAUAACCGUGUAAGUCUCUCUAGGACAAGAUUACUUUUAUCAAUAUAUUUACCCACGAAAAUAUUAAUCGAAUUAACUUUGGGGCGGCAGGGUAGCCUAGUGGUUAGAGCGUUGGACUAGUAACUGGAAGGUUGCAAGUUCAAAUCCCCGAACUGACAAGGUACAAAUCUGUCGUUCUACCCCUGAACAGGCCGUUAACCCACUGUUCCUAGGCCGUCAUUGAAAAUAAGAAUUUGUACUUAACUGACUUGCCUAGUUAAAUAAAGGUAAAAUAAAAAUAAAUAAAAUAAACUACUAAUGUCGCUAUCAUAAAGAACAAAUACGAUGGUGAUCUGGAUGAGACUGCUGAUCGAGGCAAAGGUUAGUCUCUGGAUUAACUAUCUAAUGAUGGCUAAAUGUAGUCAUAAAUUGGCAAAAUGACUUAAACUUGACUAUUCUGUGAACUGUCUUGUGCAAGUUUUUGAAAUUGACACAAUACCUGUUUAGCAAAGGUUUUCAGCGAGAGAUGCCGUGCAGGUGCUUGUAGGGAUUUGUAGUCUUGCAUGUCGUCUACUCUGAUGCUAGUUAGCAUUUUUGAAUAUGAGAGGAAAUAGAACCGACUACAUUGAUAAGUCACCUUGUCCGAGAGGGAUUUACAUGGUCAUCAAAACAAAACAUCAAGCCUAAACAAAACACGGCCCUUUAUUUUAAGUGUUUCGAAAACCACCUAUGGGGGAAAAUGGUGUGAUUGGUGUGAAAGCGAUUUGAAACCAUUUCCCUGUUUAACGGGUAUUACGACAUCUCCACUGUGGGGCUCUAUAACGAUGCAAACAUAUACUUGACAAGGAAGAACCUGUCACACAACGGAGAAGACAGUUAAGAGGGACGUACGUUUGUUUGUUUGUUUUUCCCUCCCAUUUUAUUUUAUAAUGUAAAUAUGUCUAGAGUCUUUGUGCCUGUACAGUUACACUGGACCAUCUUUUAAUUAGUGGCGAAUUUCUUCUAACUAAAAGUGAUGAAUUAUAAUGUUUUAUGUUAUAAAACAUGGCCAUGGUCAUACACGGCCAAUGAUUCACUCAGGGGCUACUUUUGAGUUUCUGUUACCUUCUCACUCCAGGAUCUGAAGGGUUUAUGAUGAGCAAUCUGUUAUCAAGCAUAAACUGCUAAAAACCUGUACUGUCAGUAGUAGUAGAAGGUAAUUAAGCAUACUUAUUGAGAAAUGGGUCGCAAAAGAGACAGGGAUUCUUAAUUUUGUUUUAAACGAGUUUAAUGUUUCCUUUUCUGGUAUGUCCUCUGUAUUUUAAAUGGGACUUUCUGUUUAAAGCAUUUAUUUGUGGGUUUAAGAUAUUUUUGACAAGGUUGGAGUUUGCUAAUGUUUUGGAAGGUAACGGCGAAGGAAUAUAUGUUAAUAUCCUUAGGUUUGUUGAAGUGCAUAAUCUAAAAAGUCCAUUUAAUAUUUAACUGUUAAACUGCACGUUUUGUACACUGUAUAGUUAAACACAACUUAAAAUGUAAGUUGUUGUACUGGAUCAUAGCUAGAAAGUCUUGACAAUUUUAAAUUGUUAACUUGAGUUUUGCAAUGUUUGUACAUAGGUCUCUGCAUAUUAAGACUUGUAAAUCGGAGUUCAAAUGGUUGAUGCGCUGUUUUACUUAGAAAACACCUGAAAUCUCUUGAUAUCCAAUAAUAUGGGCAAUAUACCUGGGCUCAGACAUUGACUGUUAUGUUGUAAAAAGAUGUAUUGGUCUUGAAAGGCUACACAUUCUUUGAGACAUUUUUGUAUUGUGUAGACCACAGCAUUCCAAGCUCUAGUUGGAGGAUGUGGACAUUGCUUUCCUUACACUGCAACACCGUUUUAAGGGUAAAUGCUGCAUUUCAGGAGACUUUUUCUACCAAAAAAAAAUGUUUCUGACCGGAGAUGCGGUACUGCUCAACUUUUGGUAGUGUUUCCUUCUCCCAGUGAUGACCAAAUCCAAUGUCUGAUGUGCCGCUUAUACAUGAACUCUGGUUGCAGGCACACGCACCCGGAAUGUGCAGCAGGAAACACACAUUGACCCACAACUAAUUUUACACACUCUUUCCAUGUAACAAACAGUUUUAUAUCAUUAAAGGUGAUUGGAUGGAUGCAUGUUUUUGAUAUACAUACAUACACUCGCACACAAGGGCUUUUGAAGUGGAAACUAUGAAAUCUGCAAAGAGGUUAAAUUUAAAUAAGUGUGUUUUGACAGAGCCUAGGCUAUGUUUACAUUUGCUAUAGUAUUCUGAAGCCUUCCAGCGAUCUUGCACUCUCCACUUACCUAAACAUUGACUUGUUUGACUGGAGAAAAGGGAACAAGCACGCCCCACUCUAGAUAACUACUUACAUGCAUUUAAAGUCUAAUUUAACAUAAAUUAACAUAUACAUUUCCAAGUGGUUUGCUACCACGUCAAUGUUUGAGCUGGUAAUCUCUCGUGGACCGACGACGUAAACAUACAGUUGAAGUCGGAAUAUUAAAUACACCUUUGCCAAAUACAUUUAAACUCAAUUUUUUUGCAAUUACUGACAUUUAAUCCUAGUAAAAAUCCCAGUCUUAGGUCAGUUAGGAUCACCACUUUAUUUUAAGAAUGUGAAAUGUCAAUAAUAGUAGAGUAAUUUAUUUAUUUAAUUUAAUUACAUUCCCAGUUGGUCAGAGGUUUACAUACACCCAAUUAGUAUUUGGUAGCAUUGCCUUUUAAAUUGCAUAACUUGGGUCAAAUGUUUUGAGUAGCCUUCCACAAGCUUCCCACAAUAAGUUGGGUGAAUUUUGGCCUAUUCCUCCUGACAGAGCUGGUGUAACUGAGUCCGGUUUUUUGGCCGCCUUGCUCACACACACUUUUUCAGUUCUGCCCACAAAUGUUCGAUAGGAUUGUCAGGGCUUUGUGAUGGCCACUUCAAUACCUUGAUUUUGUUGUCCUUAAGCCGUUUUGCCUCAUCUUCGGAAGUAUGUUUGGGGUCAUUGUCCAUUUGGAAGACCCGUUUGCGACCAAGCUUUAACUUCCUGACUAAUGUCUUGAUGUUGCUUUAAUAUAUCCACAUAAUUUCUUUCUCAUGGUGCCAUCUAUUUUGUGAAGUGCACCAGUCCCUCCUGCAGCAAAGCACCCCCACCAACAUGAUGCUGCCAUCCAUGUGCUUCACAGUUGGGAUGGUGUUCUUCGGCUUGCAAGCCUCCCCCUUUUUCCUCCAAACAUAACGAUGGUCAUUAUGGUCAAACAGUUCUAUUUUUGUUUCAUCAGACCAGAGGACAUUUGUCCAAAAAGUAUGAUCUUUGUGCAUUUGCAAACCGUAUUCUGGCUUUUUUAUGGUUGUUUUGGAGCAGUGGCUACUUUCCUGCUGAGCGGCCUGUCAGGUUAUGUCGAUAUAGGACUUGUUUUACUGUGGAUAUAGAUACUUGGGUACCUGUUUCCUCCAGCAUCUUCACAAUGUCCUUUGCUGUUGUUCUGGGAUUGAUUUGCACUUUUCGCACCAAAGUAAGUUAAUCUCUAGGAGACAGAACACGUCUCCUUCCUGAGACGGCUGCGUGGUCCCAUGGUGUUUAUACUUGCGUACUAUUGUUUGUACAGAUGAACGUGGUACCUUCAGGUGCUUGUUCAUCCCAAUGAUGAACCAGACUUGUAGAGGUCUAUAAUAGUUUUUCUGAGGUCUUUGCUGAUCUUUUGAUUUUCCCAUGAUGUCAAGCAAAGAGGCACUGAGUUUGAAGGUAGGCCUUGAAAUACAUCCACAGGUACACCUCCAGUUGACUCAAAUUAUGUCAAUUAGCCUAUCAGUCUUCUAAAGCCAUGACAACAUUUUCAGGAAUUUUCAAAGCCGUUUCAAGGCACAGUCAACUUAGUGUAUGUAAACUUCUGACCCACUGGAAUUGUGAUGCAGUGACAUAAUCUCUCUGUAAACAAUUGUUUGAAAAAUUACUUGUCAUGCACAAAGUAGAUGCCCUAACCGACUUGCCAAAACUAUAGUUUGUUAACAAGAAAUUUGUGGAGUGGUUGAAAAAUGAGUUAAUGACUCCAACCUAAGUGUAUGUAAACUUCUGACUUCAACUGUUAAUGGUACUGACCAAUUUACAUAAGAAUUUAGUUCUGGGUUAACUGAGAAAGUGCUGGAGACAAUCUUGUUUUUUCCCCCUGUGAAAAUGGUGACGAGCUCAGUCAGCUUGAGGAGACUAGUAUUGGUCUCAUGAGUAUUGUUGCUGUGAGAUUUGUACUUUUUUUGUUUUGUUUAGUAAGCUUGGUUCCAUCUUAGUCUUAGCAGUCUGUACUUUUGUCUUGACCUGUAUCACAGUGGCUGGCUGCACUACCACCUCAGCAGCACCAUUUUACACACUGCUCAACGACAUUCCAUGGUCAUUUAACUUUCACUUUUUGUGCACCAAUGUCUCCAGUCUACUGUAAGAUGUGCAAGUUCCCAGUAUAUUGGGAAGAGUCACCUGGUUACUUCAUCACAGUCCACUGUAACGCAUGAUUGAAGACAGUUACACACAGGCCUAGUAGAUGGAAUGUACUUGUUCCAUAAUCAGAAUUAUAAUGCUCUUGAUAUCGAAGAUAAUUAUCAGAAUGAUGUCAUAUCACUACACCUGUCACUUCUGACUAUUACCAUGAUUUUAUGCAAUGUAAAAAUGUUACUGGGAUAGAUGUAUGGUCUUGCAUUGGUUAACUUCAAUAAAAUGGUUUGCAUUUCA